AUGCCGCCGAAACUUAAUAUUCUAGCUUCAGUUACUCUAUCGGCUGACCAAUUUAAGCAACUACUAUCAACAAUUAUGGAGCAAGCUACAACUACACAACAGUCCGAGGUACGACGAAGCGUAUCAUCAACUUCUUACACUCGAUCUCCAGAUAGUUUUGCUAAAUGUAGUGCCAGAUUUAAUGGUUCAGAUGACGCCAAUGUAGAAGCUUUUAUAGACAAUAUCAUAACAUAUAAAGACUGCACCAAUAUCAGUGACGAAAAUGGAAUCAAACCGUCGACGAAAGACUGGAGGAGUGCAGUAAAUAUCCUCAGAGAAGUGUAUUCGAAGAAAUUACCCACUCAUGCAGUCUUCCGACAACUCUUUGCUCGUGAGCAAACACACCACGAAGCCACUCAUAUCUUCGUUGCGAAAUUUCGAGCUUUAAUCGCACAAUUGCCAUAUAGUGUUGCAGAAGAAAUGCAGCUGGAUAAAGUUUAUGGACUUUUAGCUCUGAAGAUUCGAAAGAGACUUACGCGUAGUGAAAUAAACUCUUUCAAAGAUUUGCUGAAUUGUGCCCGCGAAAUAGAACAAUCGUUUCGUGAAUCCGCGUUUCGCAAACAAGAAAUAAACACAAACCAGGACGGAAUGCAAAUAAAGAAGUUACGACCUCGUUAUGAACAUUGCAAAAAAUUUGGUCACUUAAAGAAUGAGUGUCGCCAACUGGAAAAAGAAAACGAUGAUAAAGAACUGUCAAAGUCAACAUCAGCAAGAUCAAAACCUGAGUGUUAUGGCUGUGGUACUCCUGGCUACUACAGAUGGAACUGCCCGAAAUGCAAAGAAAAAACAGACGUCAAAACUAACAUCUUUGAAUUCUCACGGCCAUCUUUAGAAAAUGAAUGA